UAAAUCGUUAUCAUUAAGGUAUCAUAGUGGAUUAUCAUGGACAAGGGUUAACGUGGAGAAAGGUUUACUGAGUUGAUGUGUUAACAUUUUCUCACACAUAUCUAGGAUAUUUUGCGAUGUUUUUAAUGGAUAUUCCUAUUCAUAUUAUACUAGUUUGAAUGAUAAUUUUUUCAUGAACUUACGAUCUGUUAUUCAAUGUUAACGAAGAUGCCAUUAAUUAUAAGUAUGUCAGAUGAAGAAGGAUCAGCGGAUUAUGUUACUGAUGGUCUCGAAAUAAAUGGAUCGGAAUUAUCAACAACUUCUUAUGGUCUCUCAUUCAAGGAAGAAGUAAACACAACGACUGAAGCAUAUUUCUUAACCAGCACAAUGUAUACAACAAGAUGUGUUAACAAUUGUGACGUCAAGCAGUUCAGAAUAUCAUAUUCAAUCAUAACCUUAGGUGUUAUUGCCUUGAUAGAAAAUCUGCUACUACUCUUCGUUGUUGCUUCAUUGAAAUUGGGGAAGAAGUGCAAGAUGUUUUAUUUCCUUUGGCAUUUUUCACUGGCUGAUGUUAUACUUGCGUUUAAUUACGUCUUAUACAAUGGUCGAACCAUAUCAGUUUGUCCAACAAUUUAUACGUGUGAACGACGUUUCUUUUGGGAAACAUAUUCACUACAAGCAAUGUUUACCACCUCACUGUUGGCAUCAUAUUUCUUUGUACUGGCCGCAACUAUUGAUACAUUUAUUGCUGUGAGAUGUCCGCUUUGGUAUACUUCUUGGGUUACAACGAAACGAGUCAGAAUCAUCAGCGUUGUCAUAUGGACUUUUACUUUGUCUGUUGCCUUGACUGGAAUUGCAAUGAUGAUAUGGUGGGACAGGAGAAAAGGCCAUUCAGUCCUCACAUUUUUGUUAGCGAUUCUUUGUGUUAUAACUGCAGCCACGGUUAUUGGAUUCAACGUUGCAAUCGUAGUAUCAGCUUGGAUAACCAUAAACAAAGGCAUCAACAAGGAGGCAGAAAACAGACAAUCUCAAUUUCGUUCGGAAAAUCUCAAUACGAUAUCUCGGACUUUAUCAUCUCGAUCUCGAAUUUCCAUCGGAUCUAUUCAGCUAAGCGAGAGGCAAAAACAAAAUCGGAAACUGACUGUUACUUUAGUCAUGUUUGUUGCUGCAUUUCUCACAAGUUGUGUUCCUUGGCCUGCAACGUUGCUGAUUUGUCCAAGUGUGGGAGCAUGCCAAAUCAAAUCAUAUAACGUUUAUAUUUUAGUUCUUGUUUUAGUACACACUGUUAUAAUUCCUAUUAUUUACGGGUUUCGCAUAGAAGAAGUCAAUCAAGAAAUAAAGAAACUCUUCCGGGCAGUUGUGAAUUUCAUAAAGUGUGGGAGAUGAAACCCCUACCUCGCCAUAUGAAGACACAAAUUGUUUUUUAUUUUAUUCAAUUUUAUCAUGGUUUUUAUAAUGUAUGCACAAUGCACUGCAUGUAUCCACAGGUAUUUUUCGAAUCUAUUACUCCGAACACUGUCAUCAAAUGAUUUUGUAUUUCGGGUUGAUGAGAUGUAAACAACGGAACGCUUUGCAUGUCAUAUUGGGUUACAAUAUGUACUAUAUAACGAUAAAAAAGAAGCAGUAUUCGACGGAAAAUGGGGAAUGCCGUUCUAAUGGCACUACGAAACCAGGCACUCCAGCAGUGUGUGUCCCAAUAUGGAGGUAACUAAUUUUGUUCGCCUACUUUACAUCAAGUUGUGUAAAGGGACUGAAGCCCAUGGGCAGGGGGUAUAUAUAUAUAUAUUCACUUGGCUUACAUAGACAGUCCCCGA